AGCACUAUAUCUGGAGUCACGGCAGCAUACAACCGAGAGCAGUUGUGGCUGGCCAAUGAGAACCUGAUUGUGAAGCUUCAGGCUUGUUGUCGAGGCUAUCUUGUUCGUCAGGAAUUCAACUCCAGAAUGAGUUUUUUGAAGAAACAAGUUCCAGCCAUCACUUGCAUCCAGUCCCAGUGGCGUGGCUAUAAACAGAGGAAGGCAUAUCAAAUCCGUUUGGAUUACUUACGAGCACACAAGGACCAAGUAGUGAAGAUUCAGUCACUGACCAGGAUGUAUCAAGCCAGAAGGCGUUACAGAGAUCGCCUGCAAUAUUUCAGAGACCACAUAAAUGACGUUAUAAAAAUUCAAGCUUUUAUCCGAGCAAACAAAGCAAGAGAAGACUACAAAACCCUCAUUAAUGCUGAAAACCCACCUAUGGCUGUGGUUCGGAAAUUUGUUCACUUGCUUGAUCAGAGUGACCAAGAUUUUCAGGAGGAGCUGGAGCUAAUGAAACUGCGUGAGGAAGUUGUGACCUUGAUCCGAUCUAAUCAACAGCUUGAAAAUGACCUCAAUCUCAUGGACAUCAAGAUUGGACUGCUAGUGAAGAACAAAAUUACACUGCAGGAUGUUGUUUCUCAUAGCAAAAAGCUUACCAAGAAGAACAAGGAACAGCUCUCUGACAUGAUGAUGCUGAACAAGCAAAAGGGAGGUUUGAAAGCUUUGAGCAAAGAGAAGAGGGAAAAGCUGGAAGCCUAUCAGCAUCUUUUCUACUUACUUCAGACUAACCCAACAUACUUGGCCAAGCUGAUUUUUCAGAUGCCUCAAAACAAAUCCACGAAGUUCAUGGAUUCAGUCAUCUUCACGCUGUAUAACUAUGCGUCCAAUCAGAGAGAGGAGUAUCUGUUGUUGCGGCUGUUCCAAACAGCAUUGCAGGAGGAGAUCAAAUCAAAAGUAGACCAAAUCCAUGAAAUUGUGACUGGGAAUCCUACUGUCAUUAAAAUGGUUGUAAGUUUCAACCGUGGUGCCCGUGGUCAGAACGCACUGAGGCAGAUCUUGGCCCCAGUUGUGAAGGAAAUAAUUGAUGACAAAUCGCUCAACAUCAAAACGGAUCCAGUGGAUAUUUACAAGUCCUGGGUUAACCAGAUGGAAUCUCAGACUGGUGAGGCCAGCAAGUUGCCGUACGAUGUUACACCUGAACAAGCUCUUAAUCAUGACGAGGUGAGGACGCGCCUGGAUGCCUCAAUCCGAAAUAUGAAGGCAGUGACAGACAAGUUCCUGUCUGCCAUCGUUGGUUCAGUUGACAAAAUCCCUUACGGGAUGCGUUUCAUCGCCAAGGUACUGAAAGACUCCCUGCACGACAAGUUUCCUGAUGCUGGCGAGGAUGAGCUUCUGAAGAUUGUUGGCAACUUACUCUAUUACCGCUACAUGAAUCCAGCCAUUGUUGCACCGGAUGCAUUUGACAUAAUUGAUCUUUCAGCUGGAGGGCAGCUGACUACAGAUCAACGAAGAAACCUUGGUUCUAUUGCAAAGAUGCUGCAGCAUGCUGCGUCCAAUAAGAUGUUCAUGGGAGACAAUGCGCAUCUGAGCAUCAUUAAUGAAUACUUGUCACAGUCAUACCAAAAAUUCAGACGCUUUUUUCAGGUUGCUUGUGAGGUUCCUGAAUUGCAGGAUAAAUUCAAUAUUGAUGAAUAUUCUGACUUGGUGACUCUCACUAAACCAGUUAUUUAUAUUUCUAUUGGUGAAAUCAUCAAUACACACACUCUGCUCUUAGACCAUCAAGAUGCAAUUGCUCCUGAGCAUAAUGAUCCAAUUCAUGAAUUGCUGGAUGACCUUGGAGAAGUUCCUUCAAUUGAGUCCUUAAUAGGCGAAGGGUCUGGCAACAUUAAUGACCCAAACAGGGAGAUGCUGGCAAAGACAGAGGUUUCUCUCACGCUCACUAAUAAAUUUGAUGUUCCUGGAGAUGAAAAUGCGGAGAUGGAUGCUAGGACAAUUCUGCUGAACACCAAACGCUUAAUUGUUGAUGUGAUCCGCUUCCAACCUGGGGAGACGCUGACUGAAAUCUUGGACACUUCAGCUACUUCUGAGCAAGAAGCAGAGCAUCAAAGAGCUAUGCAGAAACGGGCCAUUCGUGAUGCUAAAACUCCUGAUAAGAUGAAAAAAUCUGUGUCUGUAAAGGAAGAUGGCAACUUAAAUCUUCAGGGUAAAAAAGAGAAAAUCAAGACAGGCCUGAAGAAGCUGACAGAACUAGGGAUAGUGAAUGCAAAAAAUAAAUACCAGGAGCUAAUCAAUGAUAUUGCAAAGGAUAUCCGAAAUCAGCGCAGAUACCGUCAGAGAAGAAAGGCAGAGCUGGUGAAGCUGCAGCAGACAUACAGUGCCUUGAACUCCAAAGCUACCUUUUAUGGGGAACAAGUUGAUUACUACAAAAGCUACAUCAAAACCUGCUUGGAUAACCUGGCCAGCAAGGGCAAAGUCUCUAAGAAGCCUCGAGAGAUAAAAGGCAAAAACAGUAAAAAGAUUUCUCUAAAAUACACUGCAGCUCGGCUUCAUGAGAAGGGAGUGCUUUUAGAGAUUGAGGACCUGCAAGUUAACCAAUUUAAAAAUGUAAUAUUUGAAAUCAGUCCAACAGAAGAAGUAGGAGAUUUUGAGGUAAAAGCAAAAUUCAUGGGGGUACAGAUGGAAACCUUUAUGUUACAUUAUCAGGAUCUUUUGCAGCUGCAGUAUGAAGGUGUUGCAGUUAUGAAGUUAUUUGACCGAGCAAAAGUAAACGUUAAUCUUCUGAUCUUCCUUCUGAACAAGAAGUUUUAUGGGAAGUAACUGACCUUUGCUGGCAAAUCUGUGAGAGGGGAGAUGAAUAGAAGCCUUGCGUAUGUGACUUCUAAUGACUCUGCUGUGCAUCACUAUGUGCCCAUGCCUUGCUGAAAUAUAUCAAGUCUGUUACAAUUAAAGCCUAAGAACUUCUUGUGAAUUGACAGUGCUGACUGACGCUGCAGGGAGCUGCUUUCUUGUACCUUUAUGAUGUUUAUGUUCAACUUGAUGUAAUAAUUUACAGAUGGCCUCUUGCGUAGAGGUACUGCAGUAUCCAUUUAACGCUUAAGGAUGGGGAGUGAAACAGACAAAUUCUUGGCAAGUUAGCUUUUAGUGUUGCUUGCAAAGGUUUUGAAGAGUAAAACUAAGUUCUUUUCCCCCCAGUUUUAGAUCGAUGUUCCAUUUAUCUUUACCAGAUUCAAUAACGUUAGGCUCUACUUGCAGACUUAUCAAAAGAAGACAAUUAUCUUAAAUAGGUUGGCUUUUUUAAAAGUUCAAUUUUUCUAGCUCUGUCAAACCCCCUCAUUUCCUCGUCUGUAGUGGAUUUUUCACUGUGGUGAUUGUGCUGCUGUUCUGCUAUAUCCAGUAAAAAUGCAGAGACUCUUUAAUAAAUCCCACCAAAAUUUUUUGCCCUGCCCCCUCUUUUUUUUUUUUUUUUUUUUGAGAAACAUUGCUAAUUACAGAUGUCAUUUUUGCAGGUUUUUUUUGUUUAGAUUACUGUGUUGUAGAACUGCCUUAUCUCUCUGAGCUCACACGCAGUAUUGCUCCAUUGGCAUAGAUUUUUUGCUAAUGAGAGCCACUCACAGAAUUGGAGUUGGGUGCAUCCUUGAGAUAAGUUUUCCGUAGUCCUUCAGCAAGUAUCUGCUGGUGUCUGGUCUGCAUGAAACGCUUGUUACUGGCAUGCACCAACAUUACAGCAUCACCUGAUAAGAUAUUUCUGUAUUUUAUAACAAGAUAUUUUAAUGUUGGUGCAUGCCAAUCAAAUAAUAUUUUAAUGUUUGUCCAGCACAAUGCAUUAACAGAAAUUCCUCUUCAUACCAUACCAACCAAAAAAGAUAUUUGCAGUGUAGGUCAUCUGAAAGAGAGUGACCUCAGAACUAGAUUUUCACUAAUAUCUGAAGAAGUGAUGUGUAAUGAGUUAAAGAUCUUGCCUUGAUUUUUUUUUUAGUUCUAUCUAGCUGCAUGCGAAUUUGCUGUAUCAUAGAGGGACUUGAGAAUUGUAUUACUUUGAUUUGGGGGUGAUGAGAAUAACGGUAGAAAAUUCUUAAAUAUUGUUAACAAAAUGCAGCUGUACUCUGCAGGCUCUUGAGCUACAGAGAUGAAUCCCCUCUCUCCCUUUUAAUUUUUUUUUAAUUGAAAGCUUUUAAUAUUUUUCAGCGUCUGGCAGUCUUUAAACCACAACCCAGGUGGGAUCAGGGAAAAUGCAGUGAGGUGUUAGCGGUGAUUGUACACUGAUCAAGGAAAAUAUCCUUACCAGGUGAUUUACAAUACUUGUCUUGUUACCUAUGCUUAAUGACAAAAAAUUUUGACAAAAAUUGAAAACAAACAAAAAACAAGAGAAUUAACUGAAGGAGGAGUUUGUUCAGAGACAGAGCUUUUUUUUUUUUUUUUUUUUUUUUUUUUAGGGAAAAACUGUUAAUAAAGACACAAUCUCAGCAGUGAAUUAUAUGUAUUCUAUAAUUUAUUGGUGACUUAGCUUUGCUUAUUUCCUGUACACCACUGUAUUUACAAUUGGAGCAGCUAUAAGUAGAAGGCAUGUCUUUCCUUGUUAGUAAAGUUUGCCUCUGUAACUCACAUAUAAGUAAAAAGCCAUUUGUGCCCACGGA